ACGGACCCGACCGUCCCGUAAUCAUCCCAAGUAAGGAGGUUUACUACGAACACAUGGAAAUCAACCUCCUCUGUGAGGCUGAUUGCUAUCCGCCGGCGGAAUACACCUGGAUCUACGAUGGCUUUGUUGUUGGCCAUGGAGAUAACUUCAUCGCCCCGAAUGUGGGUCCAAAGCAGAGUGGGAAAUACACCUGCGAAGCGGAAAACCUCAUGUCGGGAGACAAGGCCAACCGCACGCUGGACAUCAAGGUGGUGGAAGGAGGUGUCUAUGGCGUCUCCAUCCAGGGCCCACACAGCGUCACAGAGCCCAAUCCGGUCACUCUGAAGUGCACUUCUUUCGGCUUCAAUGUCUCUUACUACUGGCUCAAGGGAAACGAAUCGGUCAGCGCCAACGGACACAUCUCUCUGACGAACAACAGCCAAGUCCUGACGUUCAACAGCACAACCAGAGAGGACACCGGCCUCUACACUUGCUUUGGGAACAACAGCUUCUCCGCCAAUGAAAGCCUUCCCUUUGAGCUGAGAGUCUACUACGGGCCCGACUCGGUCGCCAUUGAACCCAGGCAGCGGCUUUACCUGGCCGACACCAACCUGAGCCUGACCUGCAGGGCUGACUCCGACCCCCCUGCAACCUACACUUGGUACUUUAGCAAUGCUUCGCUGCCUAUUGGAAAUGACGCUCAGUACGUGAUCUCGGGCCUUUCGACUUCCGAUUCCGGCACCUACCUUUGCAAUGCGUCCAACGCCAACACCGGCCUUUCCAACACCAGCUCCGUGCAGGUCACCGUCCUGGAACCCAUUAGAAAUGUCAACAUCACCAGUAAUCCCAGUAAGGUUGUGGAAGAGACCACCACAAGUUUUUUCUCCACAGAACCCGUUAGAAAUGUCAACAUCACCAGUAAUCCCAGUAAGGUUGUGGAAGGGACUGUCACGACUCUGACUUGCAAUGCCGACGGCACCGAGGUCUCCUACUUCUGGUCCAAAGGGGACCAGAUCUUGGCAAGCGACGAUCGCAUCUCCUUGAGCGACGAUAACCGCAACCUAACGUUCAACGCAACGGUCCGGUCAGACUCCGGCGACUACACCUGUUACGCCAAUAACAGCCUUUCUAGUAGCAACAACACCUAUUCGCUCGAUGUUUUCUAUGGGCCCGGUGACCCCAUUAUCAGCCCCAACACAACGUUUUACGCAACGGGCUCCAGUCUCAAUCUCACCUGCAUCGCGGACUCCAACCCACCUGCACAGUACACUUGGCGCUUUAACAACGACACCCAUAACGGGGGCAAUUGGCUAAUUGAUAAUCUGAACGUGAGUCAAGCUGGGAACUACACCUGCGAGGCGUUCAAUGAGGAGACCGGCUGGAACUCUUCUCAGUUCCUGGAGAUCAAGGUCCUGGGUGAGUAUCCUCAGGCUGCGUGUCUCCGUAAACGCCAAAACAACCCGUUAGAAACGUCUCCAUCACCAGUACUCCCACUUAAGACCGAGGAAAAUGACGUAGUGACCCUGAACUGCAGUGCCGCAAAGGGCACCGAGGUCUCCUACUUCUGGCUCAAAGGGGACCAGAUCUUGGAAAGCAACGAUCGCAUCUCCUUGAGCGACAAUAACCGCAAUGUAACGUUCAACAAAACGCACUGGUCAGACUCCGGCAACUACACCUGUUACGCUAAUAACAGCCUUUCUAGUAGCAGCAGCACCCAUUUCCUCAAUGUUUUAUAUGGGCCCGACGUCCCCCUCAUCCUCCCCGACAAAACGCGUUACGAAUCGGGCGCCCUGCUCAGCCUCUCCUGCAGUGCGGACUCCAACCCGCCUGCGAACUACACUUGGCAUUACGGGGACGGCAAAGUCUUCCAAGGGAGCAACUUGGAACCUUUUAACCUGACUCUGAAGGACACCGGCUUCUACAACUGCACGGCUUCCAACAACCAGACCGGACGCAGUGAAACCCGAUCCCAGGAGAUUGUGGUUGUGGGUGAGUAUCUUGCGAGCUGCAUGCCUCUGCCUUCCUCUGCAAGAGUGAGUUGCAGAGCGAGGGGCUCGUGGCACCCCUUCCCAAUCUAUCCCGGUUGAUUUCCACCUCCUUUGUGUACGAUCCCACUUCCUG